AUGGACAGAGGGAGCAGCGUGUCGGACUUCAGCAUGGAGCGCAUCCUCUCCCCACAGUUCGGACACAAGACCUCGGUGAUGGAGUUUCCACCAGGAGGCUGUCUCCAGAGGAUCCAGGGCGGAUUCAGUUUGGACUCCGGGAACAUCAGACCUCCUGCGCCGGUCCUGGUGCCGGUGCCGGUGCCAGUGUCAGGCUGCCUUCAGUACCGAGGGAUGAGCUUCGGAGAGGCGUUGUGCCCGUGCGGAGCCGGUUUCCAUCACACAGACUUCAGCAUUUAUCCAAACUUACAACAAGGAGCUCACGUGCAUUUCAGCAGCAGCCAGGACUCUGCAGGUGCUCAACAGUUUGCAAGUCACCAUGGUUACCAUCAAACCGGGAUGCUGGCGCAGUCGCGUCAGAAGGCCCGGAUGAGGACGGUGUUCACCGACAGUCAGACCAAGCGACUCGAGGCGCUGUUCGAGCUCACCGAGUAUCCGGCAGUUGAGGCACGCGCUGAGGUGGCGAGGAGCACCGGCCUGAGCGAGGAGACGGUCAGGGUGUGGUUUAAGAACCGCAGAGCCAGGAGGAAGCGACAGUGCAGCGGGUCGAAGGUCAAAUCCCCCUCCUCUCCCACCAGAGCUGGAGCAGAGAAGAACUUCUUCACCUCCUUCCUCUGAACCCGACAAACCUGAUGCUGAUCCUGAUUCUCAAAGUCAAGGAAGGAUCCUUCAAUACCCUGAAUUUCAAGAAGGACUGUACCAGUGUCAAGGACCCUUGGAUUCCACUGAGGACUGAGUCCUUCCUUCAGAGAAUUUUAAAGGAUGCAUACCCACAAGACCCACAAUUCUUUGCACACAAUUUGCCUGAUUUAAAGGUGUGGCCUCUUCAGUGAUGCACACCUGUUCGAAUGUAUGCUCACUGAACACUAGGAAGGAGUCUUGCCUUGCCUCUGUAGGACCCAACUUUGAAGGACCCAUCCUUCCAAAGGAAGCAUCCUUGACUUUGUGAAGCACUGACUGUCCACCUGCUGCUCAGAGGUCAAACUCAUCCUGUAACAUGACUUCUGCUAUCAGAGGUCAAAGGUCGGCUGACAGCAUCCUGCUGUUGGAUAACAGGUUUGGCUAAACAGACGGCUGCUCUGAUGUGACUGCAGGUGGUGACGCGUUCAGAAGCUGCAGGGAAAGUCCGACACCGGAGACUUCAAACCCUGAUGAGUCAGGAGACCUGUUCGGCCUGAGCUGCAGUUUUAUCUCAACGGAGUGACU